UACCAAGGGGUCAGCAUUUUAGAGCCUAGAUAGCAUUUAGAAUUUUAGGUCUAGCACAAACUCACUGAGAAGCCUAGGAAAAUAGAUCCCUCAGGAUCCCGUAUUGAGUAUGUAUGUGAAAUAUCUAAUUUAAAAGUGGGGUCCAGCUAAUCUGGGUGUGAUGGCAUAUGCAUGUAAUCCCAGCACUUGGGGAGGCUGAGGCAGGAAGAUUACAAGUUCAAGCCCAGCCCAAGCAACCUAGUGACUGAACAAGAGCUUGUCUCAAAAUAUAAAAAGGACUGAAGGCUUUGGGUUCGAUGUCCAGUAAUGGGGAAAAAAAAAAAAAAAAAAAAAAAAACCACUAAUUCGUAUCUUUACUUCAUUCUGGGCUAAUCAAAAUCAGUUGCCUUUGGACUGGUUUGGCCUAUCUGGCUUCAAUGCCACUUGACUCUGGUCAACCCCCAGACCUGAGGGAAUGGAGAGAAAGUUGCUGGGCUCUGCAUGCAGACAUCUCUCUUUGGCUAGAGGGCAUGGGCAAUGUCUUCCAGAGCACAGCUGUUUCCAUGCAGCUGUUAAGGCCCAAGCAGGCACAGCAGCUGCCAGCCAUUAGUGGGGACAGCUGGACUCCCCCAGCCUGGGCUGUGGGACUGUCUAGUGCGGUGACUAUUUCUUCCCAUUGUCUUUGAUCAAACUGGGCUGGGUGCAAGGUUUGUCACAAACAGGAAACAGAAUUGGGUGGGGUGGGAGGAGAUGGCAGGUUGGUAUUUGGUGGUUGUUCUUGCCUUACCCUCAAGGCCCAGGUGCAGAUUGGAAACCAAAUUAAUCGAAUCUGGUUACGCCUUUGGCUGGGAGUGGGGAAGGACACCCCUUGACACUUUAGCCCUCAGGGCCCCACAUCUCUGCACCUGCUUGGAUGGUUAUCCAGUCUCAGAAAGAAGCUGGAGUGUGUGUGUGUGUUGUGUGUAGAUACACACAAAGCUCCUCGUGGCAGGUGGUCCCCGGUGACAGAGCCUGGGGGGUGGGGGGCCUAUAUCCAGAACCCUAUGCCCAGCCUCAAAAGAACAUCUGUCGGAAUUCCUUGCUCCUGGCCUCUUGGUUUGAGCAGGCCAUCCAGGAAGCCAGCCGGGUCAUGCAAAGCAAGCAGUUUGCCAUCAGACGUUUCCAGUCCUUGCCAGUGAGGCUGCUGGGCCACAGCCCUGUGCUCCGAAACAUCACCAAUUCCCAAGUGCUGGACCGCUGGAGGACGAGCGAGGUGGCAGACAGAGCUGUCAGCAGCCCUGGGGAAGACAAGGAGAAUGAGGGAUUUGUUUUCAAGAUGCCAUGGAAGCCUACACAUCCCAGCUCUGCUCAUGCCCUGGUGGAGUGGGCCAGCCGCAGAGAGGCCUUUACUCAGAGGCCAAGCUCGGCCCCCAACCUGAUGUGCUGCACUCUGGAAAGGAAGAUGGAAGUGGAGGAGCUGAGCCCCAUGGCCCAGUCUCACUGCUUCUCCCUGAAUGCUGCUGAGGGGGCUGCCGAAGAAGACGACGGAUUUGUGGACAUCCUGGAGAGUGAUUUAAAGGAGGAUGAUGCAGUCCCCCCAGGAAUGGAGAGCCUCAUUAGUGCUCCAUUGGUCAAGACCUUGGAGAAGGAAGAGGAGCAGGACCUCGUCAUGUUCAGCAAGUGCCAGCGGCUCUUCCGCUCACCAUCCAUGCCCUGCACAGUGAUCCGGCCCAUCCUCAAGAGGCUCGAGCGGCCCCAGGACAAGGAUAUGCCUGUCCAGAGAAAGCGGAGGAGGAGUGUGACCCUCCCGGAAGAGCAGCAACAGCCUGGGGAACCCAAAGCCCGGGUCCUCCGCUCAAAGUCCCUGUGUCACGAUGACAUUGAGAGCAUUCUGGACAGUGACCACCGUGGACUCAUUGGCGAUUACUCCAAGGCCUUCCUCCUACAGACGGUGGAUGGCAAACACCAAGACCUCAAGUACAUCUCUCCAGAAACCGUGGUGGCCUUGCUGAUGGGCAAGUUCAGCAACAUUGUGGAGAAGUUUGUGAUUGUAGAUUGCAGAUACCCCUAUGAGUAUGAGGGCGGGCACAUCAAGACUGCAGUGAACUUGCCCCUUGAACGAGAUGCUGAGACCUUCCUGCUGCAGAGCCCCAUAACACCCUGUAGCCUGGACAAGAGGAUCAUACUCAUUUUCCACUGUGAAUUCUCGUCAGAGCGUGGGCCCCGCAUGUGCCGAUUCAUCAGGGAACGUGAUCGCGCAGCCAAUGACUAUCCAAGGCUCUACUACCCCGAGAUGUACAUCCUCAAGGGCGGUUACAAGGAGUUUUUCCCACAGCAUCCGAACUUCUGUGAGCCCCAGGACUACCGGCCCAUGAACCAUGAGGCCUUUCGGGAGGAGCUGAGGACCUUCCGCCUCAAGACGCGCAGCUGGGCUGGGGAGCGGAGCCGGCGGGAGCUGUGUAGCCGGCUACAGGACCAGUGAGGCACGGGCACUGGCCUCGCCACUUUCCUUGCCUUGCAGGGCCUGGGUGCCAGUGUCCCAGGGGCCUGCCAGAGGUCCCAGGUGCUAGCUGGGGGAAGACAGCAUGGGUGUCCUGGCUGUCUGCCCCUGCCCCUAGUUUCUUUUGUCUCCUUCCAGUCAUUUUCCACACCCUGGUGUCACCCCUGCCUGGUGGUUCGCACCAGCUUAGAGCAAGUAUUUGGUGUCCAGCAGGAGGGCCUUUUGGCUUUCCUUCCUUGUCUGUGUUGCUCUGUCUUCCCACAUUCAGCAGAGCUCUGUGUAUGUGUGUGUGUGUGUGUGUGUGUGUGUGUGUGUGUGUAGCUGGGGGAGCCACAGCCUCUCAGGAUUUGCAGACAAGCUCUGUCAUGUCCUGGGAGCCAGCCAACCUGCUGCCCCUGAGCACUGACCAGGCCAGGGCUGCCCCUGCCUUCUGCAAGGACCACGGUAUCUGUCGUGUUGUCCCUUUUUCUUCCCCUCUUCCCUUGUCCUCCCUUACAAGUACCUCCAGCGUAAACGUAAGCUCUUACUCUUUCCUGUUGCAGCCUUACUUUGUCUAAUUAUACUUGUCUCAGGACACACACACUGGCUAUGGGGCUCCCCAAUCCAGCUGGGGUUCACGAUGUGAAUAUCAGUUACCCACCUGACCUUGCCUUUGUUGCCCCUGAAAGGGACAUCAUUAUCCUUGAGGAAUCCAGGGCAAAGGCUAAGGCCUGAGUCAGACCUCCCACUCCUGAAGCCCAGCGCCCACUGCCAUGAACCCUGGGCCUGACUGGUCAGAAUUUGCUGCUGUCCUGUCGCAGAUGGAUGGAUGAAUGGUCAUUGGAUGUAUGAUGUCUUGCACAUACAUGUGCACACAAACUGCGUGAAAGCACUUUGGUGAACAUGACAGCCUGCGGCAGGAAUGUACAUGUAUCUGUGUGGACUGAAGUCUUUAUAUUUAGCAUGUGGAAAUAUUCAAAAGGAAAUGUUACGAAAGCAGUUAAAGCAAGGACCCGGCAACCUCUGGGUUCGGAAUCUCAAGAUGCGGGAAGGGCUGUGCUUGAAGGCCCAGUGACUCAGCUGUUGGGCCUUGUUUCAAUAAAGCACUGAUGAGCAAGUUAA